AGAUGACUGGGACCGAUCUGCCUCGAUCUGCGGGCCGUAGAGCUACAGUACACCUACGUGCCCUAAAUAAACUAAGUAGACCACUGCGCGCGGCGAUAAGAUGGAGCAAAAAGCCGAGGUCUGACAUCACUUCCGCCCGAUGCCAUCCACGCCAAUGGAUAGAUAUGCUAAACCCCCCUCACCCAUUGAUGAUGAUCUAAAUCUUUUCUCUCUCUUUUGACCUCAUAUUUCUCUGACGAUACCUACAUACAUAUCCACAUCCCUCUCCAAAAAGAAACAUGUCGCUAGCCCUCCGCCACGCCUCCACCCUCCUAACCCAAACCCUCACCCACACAGCCCUAAACCCCCUCCUAACAGCCACCCUCCUCUACCUCCUCACCGCCUCCCCCCGCCGAAUCCGCUCACACCUCACCCACCGCAUCGCCAACCCCGUACGCUACGCCCGCAUCGUCACGGCGCUGAAAUGGGUCCUCGCGCUCGGGCUAGUGCGCAAAGCGAACCAGACGCUCAAUGCCGUUGCGUUGAAUGGGGGGCGGUGGGGGGCGGCGAAGUGGGUGGUUGAGGGGGAGGUUUGUGUUGUUACGGGGGGGUGUGGGGGGAUUGGGGAACUAGUUGUAAGGAAGUUGGCGGGGAAGGGGGUGCGGGUUGCGGUUGUGGAUGUUGUUGCUUUGCCGGAGGGGAUGCGGGGGUAUGCAAACAUCAAGCACUAUCCCUGCGACCUGACCUCCCCCCAAGCCGUCUACGCCGCCGCCGAAAAAAUCCGCGCCACACUCGGCCCCCCCAGCAUCCUAAUCAACAACGCAGGCAUCCUCGCCGCCCACACCAUCCUCAGCACCCCGGACGACUAUCUGCGCAAGAUCUUCGACGUCAACGUGCUGAGUAAUUGGUACACGGUUAAAGCGUUCCUGCCGCAUAUGAUUGCGCGGAAUAAAGGGCAUGUUGUGACGGUGGCGAGUACGGCGAGUUAUUUGGGGGUCGCGGGCGUGGCGGAUUAUACGGCUAGUAAGGCGGCGGUGUUGGCGUUUCAUGAGUCGCUGAACCAGGAACUCGCCCUCCGGUAUAAAACUACAGGGAUAGUUACUACAUCCAUCCACCCGGGUUGGGUGCGCACGCCGCUUGUUAAGCCUGUUGAGGCGGAGCUUAGUCGGAAUGGGAGUGUGUUGCUUGAGCCGGGGGCGGUGGCGGAUGCGGUUGUGAGGAGCGUGUUGAGUGGGAGGGGGGGGCAGGUGUUUUUGCCCGAGAGUGCGGGGAGGGUUGCGGCGCUGAGGGGGAUGCCGAAUUGGGUGCAGGAGAGGGUUAGGAAGGGGGUGGGGAGGACGAUAUUGGAGGUUGUUGAGUAG